GAGCUGGAAGUUCAAGGCUUCUUUACACUAAAAUGGAACGACAGUCGAGUUUCGGUCACAGGUCAACCCGAGUCCAAUGGCAAUGUGAUCUUAGCAGCAAACUGUGUCCAUCUUCUGUGGACACCCGAUGUGUGGAUCCAAGAUUUGGUCUCCUUUGGCAAACAUUCCAUAAUUGGCCAAUUGGCAAGGCUCAUCAUCCAUAAGAACAAGGAAAUUGAAUACUGGCAAAGUGUCAACCUGAGGCUCACUUGUCCUAUGAACUUGGAUAAAUAUCCCUUUGAUCAGCAGGAAUGCAUGAUCCGAUUCAGUUCAAAUGGAUUGACCAACGAUCUUCAGACCUACGAGGGUUCCAUUCAAUUCUCAGAGACUGCUCAUUUGGCCCAAGGAGCGUUACAAUAUCACAUGACUUUAGAACCCUUGCAAGACAAUGAAUAUGCCACACAAAACUGCAAGAAUGGAGCUAAAUGUUGGCCUCAAAUUGCUGCUAAACUCCAUUUGGACCGUUACUUCAAGAACCAUGCGCUUCAAGUCUUCAUCCCUACUGGAUGCUUGGUGGUAUUGUCCUGGAUCUCGUUUCUGAUCCCACCUUACAUCGUACCUGGUCGAAUGGUCCUUCUAGUGACUUUACUUCUAGUGGUUUUCAGUACAUACGCCUCUCAACAUGAAUUAGCACCUCAAUCGAGUGGGGUCAAGAUACAAGACAUUUGGUUUCUCGGCUGCAUUGUAUUCAUAUUGUGUGCCAUUUUUGAAUACGCCAUUUGUCUGUUUCUCAAACGAAGUAUGACAAGGAUCAAGCGGAAGAAAAUUACCAAGAUUUUGGAAAAACAGGAGAAGGAACAAAGCAAGAACCGAAUCUUCAGCAUCCGUCAGGCCCCCAAAAAUGGUUCAGAGUUCAAACCAUCAUUAGAAUCUAAACAAGUGGGAGAUAUGAGCGUAUCUCACAAUCGCGACUUGUUGGAAUUGCUCGCCAAUCCCGCCCAAGCUGUCCUUCGCAAUCCAGGUCAAACCGAUUCUGGCACAUCUUACGGUGAUGUGAAUGACCAGAAUAUGGAAGGAGAAGAGAUCCUCGAAAACAUUGAUCAUGCCUCGCUAAGGUUGUUUCCGUGCGCCUUUGCAGUCUACGUAAUCGUAUUUGCUACGGUGUUUCUUGUUUAGUUUUGGCUACAACUAAGGCGGACCCUUGUGACGUAAACGAGAGUACAAAAGAUGAAAAUGACGAAGGCCAAACGGUUUUUGUGGAAAUAUAAAUGCCUCUAAUAAUAUUUUAUG